AUGAAUUUGGAUCGUGGUCCCUGGAAUGACCCCAGUGACUACACACUCGCAUUGGGCCGCAACGAGAUUGCGUAUAUCGGGUCAUAUGCAAUUGCCCGAAUGAACUAUUAUCGGUCACUCAACACCCAGGAACAUCCCGAGGACGGUCUUGCCCUUUCGACCCAAUAUAUGAAAGUUGCUCCGUAUCUUAUUCCUCGAUCUACCAAUGAAGCAGUAUCCAAUGAAGCAGUAUCCAAAAACGUUUUAACACACCCCGAUCUUCAUCUGGAUAACAUCUUCGUCGAUCCAGAGACCCUUCAAAUCACACGCAUCGUGGAUUGGCAAUCGGCAUGUGUUGCACCGUUAUUCUAUCAUGCUGAUGUUCCAAGGAUGUGUACCCACCGUGGGCCUCUUCAGGAAGGCUGGGUCGUGCCCGAAAGACCGGAAGAAUUUGACACCCUAAGUGCAGAGGAACAACGCAAGAUUGACGAUGAUCUAGAGAGUCAGAUCCUUCACAAAUACUACGAGGCCCAGAUUUGUAAACGAUCACCUCGUUACUGGUCUGUCCUCCAAAAUGAGAGGGUCUCCAUCAUUCGAAAACCAGUUUGGCUCGUCACGGGAGCGUGGGAAAACCGCGAUUUAUCUUUUCUUCGCGAAUCACUCAUGUCACUCUUCGCUCAUUGGGAAGAACUUGUCCCAGGUGUACCAUGUCCGAUCAGUUUCACCAAUAAGGAUGUUGAGCUUCAUUCCAAGGAAGAGGAAAAUAUAAAUGGUGUCGGGAAGUUGUUGACAUUGUUCCUGGACAAAUCCGUACUCCCAGUGGAUGGCAUGGUCGAGCCCAAAGACUAUGAGAUAGCGCAAAAGAAUAGCCGGAAAUUCAAAGACAUCUUCAUCGGAUUGGCCAGAGAUGACGAAGAGAAGGAAUUAUUUACGAAAAUUUGGCCAUACCAGGAACCCGCAGACACCGAAGGUUUGUAA